AUCAACGUCACUUUCGCUUCCUGAGAGCACGUCAACUAAACAGCCCCUUUAAUCAUUGGAUCUAACAGUAGGCGUUGUUCACAUCAAACACCGCCUGGGAGUAGAGACGGGAGAGCUGGCUGUAAGAUAUUAAACGAUAUUCUGUCCCUAAGGUCAGUCCAUUCAGCAGUUUCCUGCUUGGCUCUAUCAUGUGUGAUCCCAGACAAGACGGAAAUUUGGAGACAGAUAACGCGGAAGAUUUUUCCCUGAUGAACAGCCGUCUGGACUCAUUCCGUGGCUCCAACUUGGUCCAGCAGGUGUCAGCAGAACGAUUGGCUCGGGCCGGCUUCUACUUCACUGGCCAUGCUGAUCGUGUCCGCUGUUUCAGCUGCCAGCAGACUGUGGAAAACUGGUGCAGGGGAGACACACCUGUACAGCGGCAUAAGGAGGUUUCCCCAUCAUGCAGGUUUCUCAGCUGCACCCACCGCACCGGUUUUAACCCGAUUACUGAUACCACAAUGACUAAUGGUUCCAUCUACAACGAAGCAGCAGAGGACAUGGAAUUUCGUUUGAGAAGAGGAGAGGUGGUUGAUGAGACCACCUAUCCAAGGGCCCCUCACAUGAAGAGUGAAGAGGCUAGGCUUCAGACAUUCUCUUCUUGGCCCUCCACUGCUCCUGUGAGACCAAGAGAUCUGGCCCAAGCCGGCCUCUACUACUUAGGGGAGAGCGACCGGGUGCAGUGUUUCUGCUGUGGUGGCAUGCUAGGCAGCUGGGAAGCUGGGGACAAUGCCUGGGAAGAACACACCAAACAUUACCCCCACUGCUUCUUCAUCCUUGGGCAUGAUGUGGGCAACAUCCCAUUCCUGGGGAGUACACAGGAGGAGGACAGCAGCAGCCAGCAACGUGCAAACGCUCAUGUCCCCAUGGGGAGUUUUGAGGAGAGGCUUGGUAGCUUUGCAGGUGUCCAGCACCCUAUAGACCAAGAGAGGCUUGCCAGAGCUGGCUUCUAUAGCACAGGGACGGGAGACAAUGUGUUGUGUUUCCGUUGUGGUGGCGGUUUAAAAGGAUGGCAGCCUGAGGAAGACCCUUGGGAAGAACAUGCUAAACACUAUCCUGGAUGCAGUUUCCUGUUGGCAGAGAAGGGACAAGAAUUUGUCAACAGCAUUCAACUGCAAGACCCACGGCGAAAUAGAGCUACUUCAAGGCAUCAAAAUGGAUUUUCAGGAAAUAGGAAUGAGGUGCUGCAGUCUUCCAUGGCUCAGAAGGCCAUCGUGAUGGGUUUGGAGCCCAGGGUGGUGGAAAGGACCAUCUUGGAGAAAAUCAGUAGGACAAGCUCAGGCUAUUCCAGCCUGGAAGAACUUAUGGAAGACUGUAUUAACUCCCCACCACAGAGUGAUGCUGCCGAAGCAGCAGAGCAAGAGGAGGACCCACUGGAGAAACUACGGAAGCUACAGAGGGAGAGACAGUGCAAAAUAUGUAUGGACCGAGAUAUUUGUAUUGUCUUAAUUCCAUGUGGUCAUCUGGUUACUUGUAAAGAGUGUUCAGCGUCGCUCACCAAGUGUCCAAUCUGCUGUGGAGCCAUAACACAGAAGAUCAAGACCUACAACGCUUAGGGGAAUCUCCGGCUAUUGCCAAAUGUCAAUGCUGCUUUCUCACUAUCUUUAUAAUAUUGUAUUUUAAUAUUAAAUAUAGAUGGCCUGUAAUAUAUAGACUGUUGUUUAUAUGCGUAUGAGAAUGAAAGAAUGAGUAAGUGUCAAGGAAAUAAUAUUUUCACAAUCACUGAGAUGGUAAAUAGCUGUUGAGAUUUAGAUGAUCUUAUAUUAUUAAUAGCUAAUAAACCUGUAAAUACACACUAAAUUACCUAGUUUGCAACACUCUUUUCUUGCCAGAGGUGCCUUUCUCCGGGUUUAUGUACUCCUGUCUCAUUUUGAUGUGUUCUUUUAAUUUACCACAGUUUUAUCAGUCAGUUUCAUAUACUUAGUGUGUGUCCCACACGUCCUGUUUUGUCUGGUGUACUUAGUGACUUCAGACUUAAAUUGUCUUAGUUUGCUGCUCUGUAUAGAAGUUGAUAAAGGUAGUUCAGUAAAAACCAUUAAGAAUUUGCUUUAUAACUUAAAAAAUCUACUCUAGGGCCUGCUAUUAAUCAGUGUGGUGUUACCAUUCCAUCAUGCAAUCUAUUGUGUAUUCAAGAGUGAAUAAAUGUUAAUA